GUUAUUUUCUCAGGUGUGUAGAAGACUCUGUAAGUGGCAGCAAAAGUGUAUCAUCCCAGCAUGAAGAUGGUUCAUUCCAGCAGGAGGAAAGGGCAGAGGUCAGUCGCUGGAGUAAAUAUCUGGACAAGGACAGUGAAGAUGAGGGAUGUGGGGAGGACCAGGCAGGUACAGAAAGGCCCCAGCUCUGUUCACAGAGGAAGAAUGCUGUGGAACAAAAAAGGAAAUGGCAGACCAGCUUCCUCUCCAGUGAUGUUGAGGAGUAUGAGGAAGAAAAUAGAGUUUUCCAGGUUGCAUACCAAGCCAAAAAGCAGCAGAAAUGUUUAGUACGUGAUCCAGGUGAUGGAGAUGCUCUUUCUGGAGACACGAUGGUUCCUGCUGUCAGUGAGUCUGUGGUGCCUGAGGAGAAUACACAAACUCCAACUGCUCAUACCAAACCCUCCAAGUGGGAAAAAUUCCUCUCGUGUUCUGAAAACUACAGUGAAAAUGCUGCCAGGGUCACCCUGUCACCACAGGAGGGCAGUGGAAGGUUGGAGCUACGCAGCACCACUGCAGCAGAUACUGGGCCACAGCCUAGCACCACUUCUCUGCACCUUUUCUGCACUGGUGAUGAAUUUGAUGAUGAUCUCUGA